GCUUGAAAAUGUUUGUAUAGUGCUUGAAAAGUUUUUAAAAAGUGCUUAUUUUUGAUUCAAAGAUUUGGCUAUGCACCCUGUUUCUCCUUUCACUGUCAAACUUACUCUUCACCUCUUGAUGAUAAGUGGUUUAAGUAGUUCCCCCUCUAUUGUUAAGGCUUCGAGGGGAGGAUUGUAGGAGGGUUUCGCGAAAAUUCGCAUUGGAGGUUGGCAUAUAUUGAACAUCGGUGUGAAAAUAGUGUAGCCAAAUAUUCCUUAGCUGUCUUUUCUGUUUUCUCCUCUCUGUUAGUAAGUUAUUUUAGCAAUUCCGAUGACUCCUUGUAAGCGAGGUUUGAAUGAUGAAGAGAUCUGCAAACUCUUAGAGGAAUUAGAUAAAGAAAAUUAUGCAGAUAGUGAUUCUGAUUGCUCUGAUAAGGAGGAUGACGUAACUGUAAAAACAAUUUUUGGAGAAGUUUAAGAAAUUAAUGUAAUCAAAACCGCUGAAAUACAACAAACUUUCACGUGGAGUGAAAUUCAAAAUUUUGACCAUUGGCAAAAGAAAAAUUUUACCAGACAAUCAGGUGUUGCUCCCUCAAUUAUGCCUUUACAGAAUGAAGUUGAUUUUUUUGAUUUAUUUAUUUCUAAAGAGUUACUUCAAUUAAUUUCAAAAGAGACUAACCGUUAUUACAAUAACCAAUUAAACUUUCACUCAGAAAAGGAUAAAGGGUGGUAUUCAUCUGAAUGGUAUGAAACGAAUGCAGACGAGCUGAAGAUAUUUUUUGCUUUAAUUUUGUUGAUGGGCCAUAUUGAAAAAGACUGUUUAAAAGACUAUUGGUCUACCGACGAGCUAAUUGCUACACCAAUAUUUGGGAAAUCAAUGCCUAGGGACAGAUUUCUACAAAUAUUGGGUGCUCUUCAUUUCGCUGAUAAUUCUACUAAACCAAAAAAUGAUGAAAACUAUGACAGGCUAUGGAAAUUGCGUGAUGUGUUUAACCUAAUAAACGAUUCCUUCAAAAAAUAUUACUCUCCAACUGAAGAAUUGUCAAUAGAUGAAGUUAUUGUAAAUUUAAAGGCAGAGUAAUAUUCAAGCAAUAUAUGCCAAAAAAGGCGAAAGCAAUGGGGGUAUAAAAAUGUACAAAAUUGCUGAUAAAGAAGGUUUUACUUAUGAUAUGCAUGUUUAUUUGGGCAAAGACA